AUACGGAGUAAGACAUUCAUGUUUUUAUCUCUACUUGUCGUGAUAAUAAUAUAAACAAAAUCGAGUUUCCUAAAUAACAAGUUAUAGUUUACAACUUACCAAUAAGAAACUGUGUUCUCACAUUAUAAUUUGUAAUAUAUUAGUUGUUCUUUGAAAGUUGGUUCUUACUUUAUAUUAAUUUUUAUAUAUAUCUCGACCGCGUGUGGCAUCGGUGUUUACAAAGUUUGUAUUGUUUGAUAUUGUGUUUAGUUUUGUGUGUGUUUCACCCUGACCCUGUACAGUGUGCAGUGACUCAUUAUAAGUGUGAGGUGACUGCUUCAAGCUGGCCUCGUCGGGCGGAGGUAGCCCGGCGCCGCAGCCGGUGCAAUGGCGGGUGCGGAGGAAACCAGUGGUCCGUUGCAAGCGUUUUGCCUGGCAGAGUGACGGAUAUGGGUGAUAUAGUGGUACAUUAAUAGGUGAUUAGUGGGCGAUGUGAGGCAAAUAGUGUUAGUGUUGUGCUAGUGAUGUAACAUUCUAUGGAUGUGUCAGUGUGUUCUCGGAAUGUUCACGAAACACGGAAAGACGCUUGAGCGGUGUUCUCACCCCUCACAUAGAAGCUGCAAGAAGAAAAAACAACCCCCACAUACACCCUGGAAAUACUUGAUGAAUUGCCCACUCGUUAGAAAAUGUUUUGGUCUACAACUCCGGAGCAUAGAAGAGCCAUCAGGUGGCGCGGGCGCUGGCAUGCCCGCGCCUGCCUGCUACGACGCGGAGUGUGCGAGGACAGAAGCCUGGCUCGACGAGAACCAGGAGUUCGUGCAUGACUAUUUCUUAAGAAAAGCUCCGCGACAAGUGGUGGACGCCUGGUUGGUGUCCCAUGCUACACCGCCCAGCGCCGAACUUCCGUCCCCUUCGCGAGCUGGAUCUGGAGCCACUACACCUGUUAGAAAGAUCUCAGCGCACGAGUUCGAGAGAGGUGGUCUUUUGAAGCCACUAGUGACGACUGUGGAUGGGACUCCCACCUUCCUGGGAGACCAGCCUCAUGCGACACCGUCAAGGCCUCAAAGGCGCUCAAGGCACGAGCUCAAGCAGCUAGAUGAGAAGGAGCUUAUCUUUGAACUGGUAAAGGACAUUUGCAAUGAACUGGAAGUACGGGUUUUAUGCCAUAAAAUCUUGCAAAACGUUUCAAUUCUUCUUGAUGCCGACCGAGGCUCUCUGUUCCUCGUCCAAGGAGAAAAGGCCGCCUCACCUAAUCCGCAAAACGGCAGAUGCCUGGUGUCGAAGCUCUUCGAUGUCUGCUCUAAGUCAACUCCAGAACAGAUGGAACAACUUGAGGAGAUCAGAAUACCAUGGGGUUCAGGCAUCGUUGGCUACGUGGCGGAGAGCGGCGAACCCGUGAAUAUACCUGAUGCGUACAAGGAUGAAAGGUUCAACCAUGAUAUCGACCAGCAGACAGGCUAUAAGACACGAUCGCUGCUUUGUAUGCCGAUUAAAGACAUCAAUGGCGAAGUCCUUGGAGUUGCUCAGGUGAUAAACAAACAAAAUGACGGCCCAUUCACAUCAUACGACGAGAAAGUAUUCUCUUCGUAUCUCCAAUUCUGCGGUAUUGGUUUACGAAACGCACAGCUGUAUGAGCGGUCGCAGCUCGAAGUGAAGAGAAACCAGGUGCUGCUGGAUUUGGCGAGGAUGGUCUUUGAGGAGCAGAGCACAAUUGAGCAUAUGGUGUUGAGGAUAUUGACCCACACGCAGAGCUUGAUUCGGUGUCAAAGGGUGCAGGUGCUGCUGGUACAUGAAGCGUCAAAGGGCAGUUUCUCCCGUGUCUUCGAUUUGGAGGCUGGUGAUGAUGAAGAGCCUGGUACUCCACGUACAUCACCGUACGAGAGCAGGUUUCCGAUCAACAUCGGUAUCACAGGAUACGUUGCUACUACUGGAGAGACUGUUAAUAUACCCGAUGCGUACACGGACGCUCGGUUCGACCCUUCAGUGGACGAGGGUGCUGGCUUCAAGCACAACACAAUCCUUUGUAUGGCGAUCAAGAACUCAGAGGGACAAAUUAUUGGUGUUAUACAGCUAAUCAACAAAUUUGACGAACUGCUCUUCACAAAAAAUGAUGAGAACUUUGUGGAGGCGUUCGCGAUAUUCUGCGGUAUGGGAAUCCACAAUACACAUAUGUACGAGAAAGCUAUCACUGCCAUGGCCAAACAGAGUGUAACAUUAGAUGUUUUAAGUUACCAUGCGUCGGCAUCAAUAGAUGACGCACAAAGAUUACGGAGUUUAAGAAUACCAUCAUCAGCCCACUUCAGCCUCCAUGAGCUGUCAUUCGAUGACAUUGAUUUGACAGAUGACGAUACAUUGCGCGCCUGUCUGAGAAUGUUCCUAGAUCUUGACUUUAUUGAACGGUUCCACAUAGACUACGGCGUGCUUUGUAGGUGGCUCUUGAGCGUUAAGAAGAAUUACCGCAAUGUAACCUAUCACAAUUGGAGACAUGCGUUCAACGUCGCUCAGAUGAUGUUCUCAAUACUUACGGAUACUCAGUGGUGGCAGAUUUUCGGUGAGCUCGAAUGCCUGGCUCUGAUCAUCGGAUGUCUCUGUCAUGAUCUCGACCAUCGGGGGACUAACAACUCCUUCCAAAUAAAGGCAUCAUCACCCCUGGCCCAGUUGUACUCGACAUCGACGAUGGAGCACCACCACUUUGAUCAGUGUCUCAUGAUCCUGAACUCUCCUGGAAACCAGAUCCUGGCGAACCUCUCUUCUGAGGAUUACGAGAAAGUCGUCAAAGUGCUGGAAGACGCUAUUCUUUCCACCGAUUUGGCUGUGUAUUUUAGUAAAAGAAAUGCCUUCCUGGACAUAGUGAGUUCGGACAAGACGGUAACACCUGCCUGGGGCGAGUGCGAAGAGCGUCGCGGACUGCUCCGUGCUAUGCUGAUGACGGCGUGCGACCUCGCCGCCAUCACCAAGCCCUGGCCGGUGGAGAGACGAGUGGCGGCGCUAGUCGCCGGGGAGUUCUUCCGCCAGGGUGACCUGGAGAAACAAAAUCUCAAUUUGACGCCCAUCGAUAUAAUGAACAGAGAUAAAGAGGAUCAGCUGCCAUCGAUGCAGGUCAAAUUCAUCGAUACUAUUUGCUUGCCCAUUUACGAGGCAUUCGCCGUACUCCAUUCAUCGCUCCAACCGAUGUUAGACCGUGUGAAAAGCAACCGUGCGCAUUGGAUCGAGCUAGCAAACGAAGCGAACAACGGCGAGAAAUUCGACUUCUGUCUCGACAAGGAACCAGAGAAGAACGACAAAUCCAGUGCCAGCUCGCACGUAGACGACACAGAGAACACGUACGAGGGAGACAGCAGUGGUGCGGUCAGUCUCUCCUCGGAGACCAACUCGAAAUACGACAAUCUGGAGAAUCCGGUUGUCGGCCUCGUCAGCAACAACGCGUUGACGCAGCGGGACCCGACGAAGUUCUGCCAUUUGAACGAAAUGAACUAAACGACCUCGCUUCGACGGGCUCCAUAUUUAAUGAUGCUGGUUAAAUUUGGAGUAUUCCGUCGAAGGUCUGACUCAGCUGAUGAAAUUGUUGUAAUUGACAAGCCUAAAAUUAUGUCUUAUUCACUGUAGAUUUUCAAAUAAUAUAGACAUAUAUCUCGCACUCGAUGUAUUAGUAUAACAGUUCACAAUUUUGCAGUAUUUUUCUUAAAUUCCUGAGACAAAAUCGAAAACGAAUUUCUAUUUCAGUGUCGGUAUAUCUUUUGGAUUGAUUUUCCGAAAAAAAUGUUUUUGAGCUGUCUGAUGUACUAUUUUCAAAUUAAUAUAAAUAUCGCGGUUACCUUUACAAUUACGAUAACACAUACAACAUCUGGACUUCAACAAUCGAAAUAACAAAUUUAAUUUUAAUAUCAGAACUGAAAUAUAAAUUUUAAUAAAAAAAGUAUAAACAUACCAUAGUUUUAUGUCAUAUUAUAUAGGCUUGUUUAACUAAUAGUUUUUCUCAGCUAUGAGUCAGAAGGUGAAUUGGCAUGAUUUAGUUUUAGUACAAAUUGUAAUUCACGGAGGCGUUUCACUACAUUCGUAGAUGUAAGAUCAUUAGUUUUAAAUGUCAGAUACUUAAGCGAGGGCGUGUUAAAACAUUGUUUUAGCUGAUUUCGGCCUGUUUAUACGUGACAUGAAAGUGACACUUACCUCAUUCUAUUCCUACUACGUGUAAUUAACAUGAUUUAUUUUCGUGUCUCGCUAGUUUUUGGUAUCAUUUAAGAUACUUUUAUUUACUUUAAUUUUAUGUUCUCACGCGUUUGGUAAAACAUUAUAAUUGAAAUCAGGGCCUAUCUGUCUUAGCGAACGUAUGACCGAGAUACCAAAAAUUUUAAGUUAGGUAUUACUAAAUUGAGACCGGACAUCUUUAGUAUUGUGAUGAUUUUUGUAGAAUUAAUUUUUAGUUUAAAGUCCAUUUCAUGAGCGAAUGUAAUGUGACGAAGGUCGCUCGUCGUGUAAAUAAAACUAUUUUAGAGGAUUAACAGUUAAUGUGAUGAGUACUUACUUGCGAGUUUUUGUUUUCUACGUGUUUCUGCAGCUUUUUGUAAUACCGCUAUCAAGACAGUUUGGCCUCGUUUGCGGAUACGCGACGCAUUGUACGCGAUUGCGUUGCGUACGAGUUUGAGUACCUUUGCGCUUUUAACUCAUAAGUUUGACAAUUAUUAAAGGCUUGUGAUGAAUAGUUAUGAAAUAUCUUAGUCUUUGAAGUAAAAGAUGUUCAUACAUUUACAAACAUUUAAUACUUUGUGAAACUCAUGAUAGAGCAAACGUAUACGCACGCGUUCGUCUACGUUCGUGCAACUGUUAUUUGCGGAUCAUAUGCAUCGUGUCUCCGUUGAUGAGUCCUAGAGUCCGUAUAACCAUUCCAUUAUAAUUUCAUACCAAAUUCUACUGUAAUUGUGUCGUCUACUAACCAAAAAGUCAAUUAUGUAUGCUGAGAAUUUUUUUGACUUCGUAAACACGUCACAAUUAGCUUGUGUGUUAACGAUGUUAGGUUUAAGAAAAAUAACAUUCUAAGGUUAAGAGAAUAACCUCAAAUUAUUGAAAUACCACCGUUUUGUCCUGUUUUAUAGAUGACGAUGUGAAUUAAUUCACGGAUUUUUGUAAUCUCGAGAAAAUAAUGUGGCGCUUAAAAUUGAUAAUGAUGGAUUGUUUUACAAGUAAUUUAUUGAUGUAUAACUCAAAUUUUACGCGGUGUUGUUCUAUAAAUGUCUGCUUUAGAUUUGGACGACGCAAAAAUUCGGUUCAGUUAGCUAAUGACAUCUUGGUUAAUGUAUGGAGUACUUUAUUCUCAGGCUUCGAAGUUGUAACAUUUUUGCGUUGUCUGGAUUGUGCGAUCGUGUUUUGUUUGAUGAUAUACACCAAUAAGUACUUGUUUUUUUUUAAUUUUCGAUAUCGCUUCAUAAUGAGAAGUUAAUUUAAUGUGAAAACAUUUUUGUUUGAACAAAAACCGUUUUCUUAAUCUCGAAUCCUUGAUUAGUUAUUUUAAGCACCACAAUUAUGACCAAAAUAAAUGUAAGUACUUACUACUCGCAUACAGAUUUUGAUAAUUGCUUAGAAUUUUCUAUAAAUCAAUUAAAUUUUUUAUAUCGACAGUAUUCGUCGCUAAAGUUACGACCAAUUCUUAAAGAUUAUAGAAAAAAAUAUUUUCAAAUUGGAAUUCUCUCUAUAAUCGUAGAUAUUUAAAAAUCUCAAAUUAUUGUGGUAAUCAUGUACAACUAUAAUGUUAAGAUUGCUGUAAGUAUUAUUAGCAAGUAAUUAGAAAAUUAAUAUGACGAGAUGUAUGGUGUGUGAUUCAUUAUGGAGGUUGUUUUGUUCCAAACAAAAUGUUAUUUAUUUAUGAAUAAACAAAUUUUGAAAUA